AUGAUGGGGUUCGAUAGAGUUUCGAAAACUGGCGCUAGGUACCGGAAUUACCCUCUCAGCCAAAAAGUAAGGAAUGGAAGGAAUACGAGAAAAGAGGGAUGUGAAAAACGCAACAAAAGGACUAGAAAAGGAUACACGUCCAAUGCGUUCAAGGAAAAAAAUUUGCAACUAUUUGGAAGAAGCUUGGAGGAAAAAUAUUCACGAAUUGGUGGCGGUAAUAGUAACAGUGGCAGUAACAGUGGCAAUGGCAAUGGCAAUGGCGGUAAUGCUGCAAAUGGUGUGAUUGGUUUAAAUGCUGAUGUGGGCGGUGUGAAUGAAUUAACAAAUACAAUUGACUUUGCGAUACCGUCUAGAAGCCAAUAUCUAUGGAAUUUGUUACCCCCUAGACUAGGAUUUGAUUCAAAAUAUUAUACAAAGACUAAGGUAGGUAAAAAGUUACAAUCUUUAAAAAGUCUUUGCGUCGACCACAUUGCAUGGAACAUUGCUGGAGUUGACCUGAUGGCCUUGAGUUUGAUCCCCUGGUCAAUAGCUAAACAGAUUUGGAACCGCGUAUUGCACAACAACAUGGACUCUUUUGAUGUGUACCUAGCAUUUGCAAACAAUUUUGCUCAAUUUUCCGAUUUUCAUUGCCAUAAGCAUACUUGGGAUCCAAAAAGUACCACAAUACGUGAUUAUGUGAUCCAGCAAAUUAGAGAGCCGAAAUAUGUCAAGUACAGGGUGGAAACGUUUUUAGAGAAUGUCUCAGCGCAGCAUUUUGCCACAACCUUAUCCAGGGCCCCCGGAGACAUUGUUUUGGAGAUUACUAGUACUCGUUGGAAUCGUGAGGACUUUUUCCAUUUAUUCAAUAUUAACAAUUUGCGUUGUCUCAGUCUUGUGGGCACACUUGUGGACGACUCGUUUUUGCGAGGGUUGGAAACGUCUAUGAAGAUGGGGAAAUUGAAGAAUUUGACGUGGCUAAAAAUUCGAGCUUCAAAAGUCACACUUGAAGGUAUAACUAGGUUUUGCAAGCUGAAAGCGGUGUUUGAUAGUGGACUUGUUGCUAUCAGUGUAAAUCAUCGUGCAUUGCUAACAGAAUGGAGAUUACUAGAUACAGAACUAGCUCAACAAUUAAACAGAACUUCUUUUGGACAUGCGUACAAGAUUUUGAGAGGGAAGUUACUGUCCUACGCCAAAGUCAAUACCAGUUCCAAUGGAACUGUCAAGCUUAAAACCACUACUGGAUCGGCAACUGGAUCCGCAACUGGACAAGAUAUUAGUAAAGAUAAUAAUCACUUAGGUACCGAGAUUUUGGAUGUGAAAGUAGUUAGCAGCCAGUAUGAAUCUGCUAAAAGUAUACAAUCUUCAUGGGAACAGAGGUUAUUAAUAAAUAGUGGCCAUGAAACGCGCAAACUCGAUGACUUUGUAUAUUUACGAAUGCGACGUGAAAAUAAAAGUAUCUUGGCCAAGCCUGUUGCCAACACACCUACUGAAAAGAAAAGAAAACAGAUAAAAACAAAUUUCAAAAAUUAUUUCAGCUUAUAG